UCCUCAAUUCUUCAAUUAGGGUUCCACAAUCCAAUGACCACCACUCAAUUACUCCCAAAAUCAAUACCUACAAGAUCUAAUCAAAUCAUCAAGCGUUUCAACAACCUCGAAGAUGCAGUCUACCUCUUCAACCGAAUGAUCCGUAAGAAACCUCUUCCAUUACUCCUCAAUUUCAACAAUCUCUUAACCGAAAUCGUUAAAAUGAAACGUUACACCACCGCAAUUUCACUAAUCAACAAACUAUUAUCAUCACAAAUCACCGUUGACGCUUGCAUGAUGAACAUUGCCAUUAAUUGUUACUCUCAUUUAGGUCAAAUAGAUCUAGGUUUUGCCGUGUACGGAUCCAUACUCAAAUUAGGUCAUAAACCGUUAACAUCCACUUACAAUACGUUGUUAAAAGGAUUAGUGUUGGAAGAUAGAGUUUUAGAGGCUGAAAUUCUGUUUAAGAAGUUGAUUAAGCGUAAGAUAUGCGAACCGAAUGAGGUUACGUAUGGUACGGUUAUGAAUGGAUUAUGUAAAGGCGGAAAUACGAAGAUGUCGGUUAGGUUAUUACGGUUUAUGGAGGAGAGAGGAUGUAAACCUAGUGAGCAAGUGUAUAGUAUGAUUAUAGAUAGUUUGUGUAAGGAUCGGAGAGUUGACGAUGCGUUAAAGCUAUUAACGGAAAUGGUGGAGAAACGAGUGUUGCCGAAUGUUGUUACGUAUAAUUCGUUGAUUGACGGUUUGUGUGGGUUAGGUAGAUGGGAUGAGGCUAAACAGAUGGUUUUGGAAAUGGAUAGGGGAAAGAUUAGUCCGGAUGCGCGUACGUUUAAUAUUAUUGUGGAUGCGUUUUGUAAAGAGGGGAUGGUGGAGGAUGCGAGAAGCGUGGUUAGUGUUAUGGUUGAACGAGGGGAGAAACCGGAUGUUGUGACGUAUAGCGCGUUGAUUGACGGGUAUUGUUUGCGCGGUCAGAUGAAGGAAGCCGUGAAAGUUUUUGAUGCUAUGGUUGAGGACAGAAUCGAGCCGAACAUUGUUACUUUUAACAGCUUGAUCAACGGGUAUUGUAAAAGAUCGAACGUAGACGAGGCGAUGAAAGUGUUUGCAGAGAUAACGCGUAGGAAGUUGGCCCCGACGGUGUCGACGUAUAGUAGUAUGUUGUAUGGUUUGUUUAAGGCUGGGAGAUCGAUAGAUGCGUUAAAACUUUUCGAACAUAUGCAGUCUGUAGGUGUGACUCCAAAUUUUAUUACGUAUUCUGUGUUAUUGGACGGGCUAUGCAAAAACCGUAGGGUCAACGAGGCGUUAUCGUUGUUUCGUAUAAUAAUAAACAACGGUAUACAUCCUAAUGUUGCGUUGUACACUGUUCUUAUCGACGGUUGCUGCAAAAACGGGAAGCUUGGUGUUGGUUUGGAUCUUUUUAGCGAACUUUGUUCGAGAGGUUUGCGGCCGAAUGUUGUAACGUACAAUGCAAUGAUUAAUGGGUUGUGUAAUCAGGGUUUGAUUGAGGAAGCGAAGGAGCUUGUUGUUAAAAUGGAGAAGAAUGGUGUUUUUCCGAAUGGUGUAACGUAUAACAUUGUUCUUCAAGGAGUUUUGAAGUUUAAGACGUUUGAAGACGUGUUAUUACAUCUGAAAGAAAUGGAUGCAAGGGGUUUUUCGGUUGAUGCGUCGUCUUUUUACUUGUUACUUCGUUCUAUCCCGGAAAAAGAACAAGAUUCUAACUUUACUAAUCUCAUGAUAAAACUUGUGCCGCAAGAUUUAUUGAAAUCGAAAUCCCAACCACUGAAAUAGGCACCUUCACUUUUGAAAAGGUAUAUAUUGUUCUUGUUAAUAACAUGGAGGAUUACCAGGAGCAGCGAGUAGCGAGAUAUUCGAUCGUACUGGCACGUGGUUUCUUGGAAAGUAAGGACCUUGAAGCUUGGUUAAAAAAAGUACAACGCGUUGCUCAAUGUACAGCCAAAUAAGUUUUAUUUACAACAAGAAGCUGCUUCUCUCUCAUCUGUUAUUACACAUCAACCUUUUUAUCAAGUAAGCCUUCCAAAAAUUCUUUACCCCUUUAGUUGUUUUAA